AUGCAAAGCUUGCUUAACACCUUCCCUCAUCAAACUUGCUUCAAACCCUUCACUUUUAAUCCUGAUAUUGCUCAUAAGCUUCCAAUAACAAGAACUGGGCUCUUAGCCCAAAGGCUUGAGCUUGUCUUUCCAAGAAGAUAUUGCGUAAAUGUAGGCACGGAUAAUGCUGCUAUUAGCUCAAGGAGUGUUGAGAGUGACGAUGAGGAAGAAGAAGAAAAUGGAGAUGGUAAAAUGGAUUGGGAGUUGGAGUUUCUUGGAGAUCUUGACCCUCUGGGUUUCCAGGCCCCCAACAAGAGGAAGAAGCUAAAGAAGUCUAAGUCGCUUGAAGAGAGUGAGGGAAUGGAUUGGUGUGUGAGGGCAAGAAAGACUGCUCUUAAAUCGAUUGAGGCGAAGGGCUUAUCUCAUCUAAUGGAAGAUAUGAUGACAGUAAAGAAGAAAAAGAAGAACAAGAAGAAGAAGCUGGGGAAAAUAGAGAAAGUGAAUAAGAAAAUCAAGGAAGUUGAAGAAGAUUUGGAUAUUGAUUCCGAGGAAGACUUUGAUAUGCAAGAUACAAAUAUUCUUAAUGGUGCUAGUCAUUUAAGAAGAACUGUGAGUGUGCUGGCAGGUGGGAUGUUUGAAGAGAAAAAGGAGAAGACCAUGGAAGAGUUUGUUCAGAGGCUUUCCCAAUUCUCGGGGCCAUCUGAUCGUAAGAAAGAAAUCAACUUGAAUAGAGCUAUUAUUGACGCACAAACUGCAGAAGAAGUGUUGGAGGUUAUGGCAGAGACAAUCAUGGCUGUUGGGAAAGGCUUGAGUCCCUCACCUCUCUCUCCUUUGAACAUUGCCACCGCUCUUCAUCGAAUUGCUAAGAAUAUGGAGAAAGUUUCAAUGAUAGAGACACGUAGGUUGGCUUUUGCACGCCAAAGAGAGAUGUCUAUGCUUGUAGGAAUAGCAAUGACAGCCUUACCAGACUGUUCAGCUCAAGGUAUCUCUAAUAUCUCGUGGGCAUUGUCUAAGAUUGGUGGUGAUCUGAUUUACUUGUCAGAAAUGGAUAGAGUUGGAGAGGUGGCCUUAACCAAGGUUGGGGAGUUUAAUUCACAGAAUGUGGCUAAUAUUGCAGGUGCUUUUGCUUCAAUGAAGCACUCUGCUCCUGAUCUCUUUUCUGAAUUAUCCAAAAGGGCAUCAGAUAUAAUUCACACUUUCCAGGAGCAAGAGCUUGCUCAGGUGUUGUGGGCUUUUGCUUCUUUAUCUGAGUCUGCUGAACCUUUGCUGGAAUCUUUAGAUAAUGUUUUCAAUGAUGAAAGCCAAUUUAUAUGCUGCUCAAGCAAAGAAAAUUCAGAAUUUGACAGAGAAAAUGGUGUGGACAACAUAGGAGAUCUUGACUUUGAUGGCGUUAGAAGCUCCCCUGUUCUGAGUUUCAGAAGGGAUCAGCUUGGGAAUAUAGCUUGGUCUUAUGCUGUAAUUGGACAAAUGGAUCGGACUUUCUUUUCCCAUGUGUGGAGAACUCUGAGCCAAUUUGAAGAACAAAGGAUUUCAGAGCAGUAUAGGGAGGAUAUCAUGUUUGCUUCUCAGGUUCAUCUAGUGAACCAGUGCUUGAAGCUUGAGUACCCCCACCUUCAGUUAUCUUUAAGGGAAGAUCUUGAGGAGAAAAUUGCUCGUGCUGGUAAAACUAAGAGAUUUAAUCAGAAAAUGACAUCAUCAUUUCAAAAGGAAGUCGCCCGUCUUCUUGUUAGCACUGGUCUCGAUUGGGUCAAAGAAUAUGUUGUGGAUGGGUACACUUUGGAUGCUGUAUUGAUUGAUAAGAAGGUUGCUAUGGAGAUUGAUGGCCCAACACAUUUCUCAAGAAAUACUGGGGUGCCCUUGGGACAUACUAUGCUAAAAAGGCGCUACAUAACUGCUGCUGGUUGGAAAGUUGUGUCGUUAUCUCAUCAAGAGUGGGAAGAACUUCAAGGUGGUUUUGAGCAGCUAGAGUACCUAAGAGAAAUUCUGAAGGAGCCUUAUAUGUGGACAACAAUACCAUCCUCAUAUAGGCAGUGGGAAAGAUGCAAUUGUUUCGGAGCAGCUAAUAUGCCAAUAUCAAACUUCCUCCGCCUGGACUGA